UCAUCUGUCAAGAAAAUGAACGGAUGUGAUUGUUAGGCCAGUACGGGGGCAUUUAACCGGCAUUUAUAAUUCGUAAAAAAUGUUGCCUUUACACCAAGGCGAUAAGGAAUAUUCUUCUGGAUCGAAGAUCAAGCAAAAAGCGGCAGGAUGGCUGAGAUUGAUAUUCUCAGACAAAACUUCAAGAAAUCUGUUCUGUUUUAUGUUGGUGAAUCUCUCAUUUGCUUUUGUUGAACUCACUUAUGGAAUCUGGACAAACAGUUUGGGCCUCAUAUCAGAUUCCUUCCACAUGUUUUUUGAUUGUACAGCCCUGUUAGCUGGUCUAGCAGCCUCAGUUAUAUCUAGAUGGAGAGCUACAGAAGCAUAUUCAUAUGGGUUUGUUCGUGCUGAAAUAGUAGCUGGUUUUGUGAAUGGACUCUUCUUACUUUUCAUUGGAUUUUUUAUUUUCUCUGAAGCUGUGGAGAGGUUGGCCGAGCCCCCAGAGGUGAAACACGAGCGACUGUUCCUGGUGUCCGUGGCAGGGUUUGUUGUCAAUCUUAUAGGAAUUUUCGCCUUCCAACAUGGACAUGGUCAUUCUCAUGGUGGAGGAGAUCAUGGUCACUCACAUGGAGGACAUGGGCACAGUCAUGGACUAGGCAUGCAGUCACAAAGUGAACAGGAUGACCAUGGCCACGGUCACAGUCAUGAUGAAGGACACGGUCAUUCUCAUGGUGCAUCUAACGUCACAAAGUCAGAACACCAAUCUCAAAUCAUGCAAGGUGUAUUUUUACAUAUAUUAGCCGACACACUGGGAAGUGUGGGAGUGAUUAUCUCCUCCGGGAUGAUUCAUUAUUUUGGGUGGAUGCAGGCAGACCCUAUAUGUUCAUUAUUCAUUGCCAUUUUAAUUACAAUAAGUGUUUUACCAUUACUUAGAGAUUCAGUUGGUAUUCUAAUGCAGAGGACACCCAGAGCAUUGGAAUCACAAUUACCGUCAUGUUAUAACAGGGUGAGUCAGUUAGAGGGAGUUUACAGUGUCCAGGAACCACACUUUUGGACGUUGUGCAGUGAUAUCUAUGUCGGAACAAUUAAACUGGAAGUCUCAUCUAAAGCUGAUGCCAAAUACAUUUUAAGUCAUACACAUAAUUUAUUCACACAGAUUGGAGUGCGACAGUUAUAUGUACAGAUUGAUUAUUCUGCUAUGUAGAUGUCAAGAACCAAGUGACCUUCACCUCUGCAUACUCACUUGACCUUUGACCCCUGACUGUCAACAUUGUAUUCAUUCAUAUACUGAUCUAUCUUGUGUGAUUGAAUGCAGAAGUGUGAGAAAUUACUAUAAUGCUGGCAUUUGUAACGACCACAUCGAAGCAUUGUAAAGUGUGUAAAUGGAAGGAAGGCAAUAUUUUCUAUGAUCACAGUCACAGAUAAUCACUAGAAUUUCUGGACCUAGGUUCAGUCUUGGGUCCAAAUGUCAAUUUUAUUUGUUGAUUGAAAAAUAAGACAUGUUAGAAUAUCCAGGAAUUUAUUUAUAGUGGAUAAACAAUUGUCAGAUUUACACAAUUUGAUCCCUACCAAUCAGAAUCAACAAAUACCAGGAUGCACAUUACAAUAUAUAUGUUGAUCACCACACAAUGUAUUUAAUACAUGCUUCAAACAUUUCUCAUGAUCAACAAACAAGAAUAUUUUGAUUUUCAAAUCACAACCUUUUUGGUUAUUUUGCCAAAGAUUUCCUCUGACAAAAAAUGGUCAAUGCUGGAAUUUUCCCAUUAUACAGUAUUUUAAAUAUAAGACGUCUUUAGUACAGUAAAUAUAACACCAUUCAGAUUUUGACUUUAGUGUACAGUGUAUAACUUGUUUCAGGAUCAUGACAGUCAGACAUUGUGACGAUGUAGAGUUAAGUGAUCUGUUAGAUUUGUUAAAUUCAAUCUUUGUUAUACAAGCUUAUUUAUUUCAAGUUAGUGUUUCUCCGAACUACUAGGUGGCUGCACAUUGUCGUAUAUACCCGUAUAUAAAAAUGUAAAUUUUAUUUAUGUUACAACAAUUGCAAAGCAAGUUACACAUAUGCUGUUGGGUAACUUCAGAUUUGGAUGUAAUUGCCUAUGACUCUUAACAAAGAUUUAGAAACAUUUGGAAUCACUUACCAUGUAAAGAAUAAAUACCAGAGAAUGGAUUGAUAUGAGACGUUAAUAGUUGUUAAUAUUUGUGAUAUAAACUGAGGCAUUCCAUCACCAAAAUAAAGCAGAAUUACAGGAUCAAGUUCAGUAUGUGAUUUCAGAAAUCAUAAUGUGUAUAUAAUUAUGUUGGUACCAGUUUGGUAUGAGGAUUUUGAUAUAAAUAUUUUGUAUUUCGGUCAGAACUGUACCAAAACAAUAGGCAUACAGGGUUAGUUGGUGAGUGAAUGGGUACGGGUAACUCUGACACUUCCAGUUUGAUGAACAACUUGUUAUUGAAGAUAUAUAUACAUCUUUCUGAUGAUGACAAAUCCGGUUGUUUUAUUGUAAAAGUGUUGAAAAAUCAUGUGACAUGGAGGGAAGAGUCUAUUCCAUCUGAUGUUGUUGGCAGAAAUUUAUCACAUUGAAGUUACAGGCCGCUAAAUAUACAUCCUGUGAUACACCAAUGAAAUUAAUCCAAAGGUUUCUGAUGGUUUAUCAGCUUUUUAAUUAUAUCAGGUUUUUAAAAGACUGAUAAAACAUCAAAAACCUACAGAUUACAAUGAAAUGUACUGACUUUUGAGAAUUAUCUGUAUUGUAACAAUAAUCUUGACGGAUGAUGCCGAUAUUGGUAGUCUCUGUGUUUACAUUUUAUCUUAUAAUAAUGGUUUCAGAAAGUUCUUUGUCUUUGUUUUUUAGGUCAAAAGAGCAAUUGAAGUAUUCAUAAUUGAAAAACACAUAGGUCAUGUAAUGUUAUCAUAAUAUUUCAUUUAAAUGUAGCAAUUUUACUGUAUAAUGAUUUUAGUUCAUAACUAUUGUUUUUAAUGCAAUAUCUGUUAGGUAAUUCAAAUAUACAAGUUUACAAUGUUACUGCCACAGUCGGAGAUUACUGAAAUGUAAAAUGUCUGUGUUGUAACCCGGGGAUGUGGGAUGUCUGUGUUGUAUAUAACAAGUACAACAUUUAUGUAACUUGUGGAGCGUUUGUUCACCUCAAUUUUUAGUGUUAUUGUAUGCAGAUACAUUGUAGGUAUUUGAGAAAUUCUGUGAUUACAGUAGUCACGAGGUAAUCUUAUUUCUUAGGUAGUGUUAAUGGUACUUCUUUUAGAAAUUUUUUAUCUUUUAGAUAACUGUUUUGGUCUUAGAUAACUAUUUAUGUUUUAGAUAACUCUUUAUCUUUAAUCAGAAGUUUUAGUAAAACAAUCAAAAUGUUGUUGUUGGUACAUCAUGGUGAAUCUUUGAGUUGAUUGUCGAGUGUCAAAAUGUACAAAAGUUUUACUUUAACAUAGCACCAUUCUAUUGUCAAUCCAAAUCAGUACACUAUAUUAUAGAUAGCACAAAUAUGAGGGAAUUUUCUAGUGAAAUUAACUUACGGUAAUUAAAAUUAAAGUUCCAGUACUGUACAAACUGUAGAAAUGAAGUGUCAGAUUGUUCCUCAUUGGCCACUGGGCGUUUUGAAUGUAUUUAACAAUAUUAACCUUCACACACCAAAUAAACACUUUUUGACCUUGAACUAGGAAUUCACUAGCUAUAGAUACAGCAUUCUUGGCUAUGAUUUGGUUUACAUAUACAAUAUUUAUGAUUGUUAAUGUUUUUGUUUGAUAUUUUUAACUGCCUUCCAUUUAAAACUGUUGAUGAGGCACCAUGCACCUGAAUGUAUUUCCAUAGCUGAGCAUUUCGAGGUAUGAUAUAAAUGAUCUGUAUAAACACUGAUUGUGCGUUGUUUCAGUUAAACAUGUAUGUAGGAUUUGAUGUACAUGUAAUACGAGAUAAAGUCAACAAUUAUGUUACUAGUUCUGUUACAUCGUUUAACCUGCAAGUAUUCAUGUACUUUAUUAUGUCACUGGCUUUGUGACAUCAUCAAAUAUAAUUACAUAGUAAUAAAACAUUAUACUUCACAAUGAUAAAUAAUAUUACUGAUUUUCUAGAAUAUGUUACUGAUAAUUGUAUGUCUAAGAUGUGUAUUAACAUACAUAAUAUACAAUAAUAAACCAACCAGAGUCAAUAUACAAAGCAUUGAUUGAACUAGAAUAUCAACCUUUUUAUGAAUGUCAACAUUGAAUUACGAUUUUCUUUCCAUAAUCCAGAAAUCAUGACAAAAGUGUUUUUUCGCCGUUGCUAUUUCUGAGAAUACGAGUCCAGGUUGUAAUUUAUAAGAUGCUAUAGGGUUAUUUCAUAAUUGUAAAUGUAAACUUUAUUUAUUUAAAAAAAGAAUUGCAAAACAAAUAAUACCAACUUUUAUUAAUCACCCAUGUUUGCUCGGAUGGAAGUGUACGAGGGGUCUUAUUGUGGGAGGAAACUGUAGUACCGGAGAACAUUAUUACCACUGUACCACCUGACCACCUUAUGAUAUAGUACAGGUACAUAGUACAGGUACAUAAUACAGGUGUGGGAUGUUAGAGGAGGGUCCCCUGUCUACAAUUAUGGGACGGUUGUUGACUGAUAGAGAGAAUAAACAAAUGUUGUUAUAGACAUUGUCUUGAUGGAGAGAGAGAAGAGAAAAAAAAAAACACAGUUGUUGCGAAAGGGGUGUGGAUGUUGAUUAUCAUUGCAUUGUUUUGUUAUAUCCUUAAAAGUUUUACAAAACAGCUGAUGCCCUUGUGUGGCAUAAUUAUUAAAAAUCUCCAGGUAAGAAGUAUUUUGAUGUUUAUCUUUUAUGACUUCUUGGAUAGAUUUCUCCCAUCUAGCCAAAAAUAAAAGAAACUUGUUUUCAAAUCACUAUUAUUACCAUGAUUUAAUUUCAUUUAGGGAAGUAUUUAAAAAAAUUAUUUUCAUGAACUUUCAUUACCCAGUAAUUUGUUUGUUUGUUGGGUUUAUUGCACCGUGAACAGCCAGGGUCAUUUUGAGGUGGGGUCUCCUUGUAGUAGUUGGUGAAUACUGGACUAAAUAACAUGCGGGAGGCCCUUUGCGUGCUAUUCAGAGCAAUUAGGGUAAAGUGUCUUGUCCAAAGACACAACACAACAGCACAGUCUGACUGGUUUCUCAGCUUCUCGAGAAACUCCUGUAGGAAGUGUUGAAUCACGGAUCUUCACCUGAAGUUACGUGGCCGGCACUCUGACUGACUGAGCUAUCACAGCCCCUCCCCGGUGAUCAGAAAUAAUCUUCUAACGAUAAAGAAAAAUCACUGAAUGAGAAAUGUAUUUUUUAUGAUAAGUAUUAGCAGUGAUUAUUUAUUUGAUGGUGUUAGUUCCAUGUAAGAACAUAGUUGACAGAAAUUGAGUUUAAUGUAUUAUGCUAUUAUGCCAUACAAGAUCUAUAAUGCAAAGAUCUAAUAUUUUAGCAUAUAUUAUUCUUAAUUGGAAGUUCCUUUCUUUACUGUUAUUGUUGUUGAUGACAUUUUUAUAAAUGACAUCCUCCCAAUACUGUACUCUUAUUUUACUACAAUAAUUCAAAAGAUUUGACAAUGAAAAAUUCUAGAAUUAUUCCUGUUAUCUUAAUAUCAAAAAAACUUCUUACUUGUUAUUUGGAAAUCUUUUCUUUUUCAGUUAAUUUUUCUACUUUCUUACUUUUUUACUAGUACAGUAAGUUAUUCCACUGUUUGUCUAUUUUUAUUUUCAUUAUCUUGCUACAUUUUAAUACAUAUCUAGGUGUAUGAGUUCUCUGUUCCUGGAACAGUUUUUCCAGUGAUAUUUCAAAUUACAAUGUAGCUUUUGAGAUAAAAUAUUCAAUUUUCCAUUUACAAAAAUGUGUAUGAAGGGACAAAAGAUAAAAUGUUGUUCUUUUAAUAGUUUUAUAUGUUGAUGUCCAAUCUUGGUAAUUUAAAUCACUAUAUGCACUCUGUAAAGUAUCACACUGAUAAGUUUGACCGGAGGACUGUGAUCAUUUCCUGUUUCGUGUAAUAAAAACUUUCGCAUGUAGGGUACUUAUAACCGAGCAUAUCACCUCAUAAAAAAAUAUAAUAAAAUUGCACUGAUAGGAAUUCAACAAUACUUUUUAAAAACUAACCUAGCAUACCAGGUUAUUAAAUGAUGAAAUUGAAAACUAAAAACAAUUUUGUAAAAGGUUAUAUUGUAAACCAGAUCAUUAAACUAUGAAAAUAAAUUUACAUAUAUACAAGAAUAAUUCCCUGAAAACAAUUAUCACAAACUUAGGACUGAUCAAAUAAUUCUUAGAAAUCGUACUUGGAAAAUUUAUGUUCAUGUAUGUUUAAAUCAGGAUUAUAAACUAGUCUGAGAGGUUGUUACCUUUACAAUCUGUGAACCUCAGUGAAAUUGAUUAAAUUACUCGGGUAUGUGUUCAAAGUCUUACAGGUGAUGUUGGUGAAGGAAUUACACCAAUUGCAACUCGUUGAGAUACUUUUUUUCAUCUACUCAAGUGUUAUUAGGGGUGUAGACUUGCAUUUUUAAAAGGAAUACUAGGUAGAUAGUCGCCCAGCCUGUAACUUUGUAGGGGGAAAUCACAACAAAUACGAAACUAGUUCUAUGUGUAUUGCUUGUAGUAACUUCUGUAGUCCGACAUAAAAUUCACAUAUUGUAUUAGUCCCAGAUAAAGGUCUGGUGGAGCUACACACAUCAGUAGAAUUCAUGUGAUUGGGUGUAUUCCUACGACAUUUAGUUCAUAUUUGGUAAAAUUGUAGGAAAAAAACUAAUGGAGCGAAAUACAGGGUAUUUAAUUUGUCAAACUCCUGUCCUUUUUCAAAUGUCUAACUGUGAUUGUUUUGUGAUUGACGUUGAAUAUUGAAGCUUUUCUGCAUCACGUUUGGACAAAUUCAUGUAAUCGGAACUGCUCAAAAUCAAUAACGUUCGUAACUUUUAGAAUAUUCUGAAGUAAGUUUUAAUUAUCUAUACUCUUACAAUUCACUCCUUGCUGUGGAUUAAUAGUAUAAUUUGAAGACCACGUGUGAUUGCAUAUAUACCAGACCUCAUGUGAUUGCAUAUAUACAAGACCACAUGUGAUUGCAUAUAUACCAGACCACGUGUGAUUGCAUAUAUACAAGACCACGUGUGAUUGCAUAUAUACCAGACCACGUGUGAUUGCAUAUAUACCAGACCACGUGUGAUUGCAUAUAUACCAGACCACGUGUGAUUGCAUAUAUACCAGACCACGUGUGAUUGCAUAUAUACAAAACCAUGUGUGAUUGCAUAUAUACCAGACCACGUGUGAUUGCAUAUAUACCAGACCACGUGUGAUUGCAUAUAUACAUUGUUGAUUUGUUACACCGUACAUUAUUACCACUACUAAACCUAUUAAGGAGUUAGUUGUGAGACUGCGUAUGAAUACUACAUCUUUAGCCAGUGUUGGUGUUAGUCUGUUUGAUAUAUCAAACUUAACGUCUUAUUUAUUAUCCAAAUUAACAUUGUAUUAUUAUAUAAACAAACAUAAGCAUUAAGCUGCAUAAAUGUCAAAUGAUUUGUAGCUCAAUGUUAAGAAUAGCGGUUUUAAGUCUUAAAAAGGUUGUCGUUUAUGCUUAAAGAUAAAUGCCGUUGUUGCGUUAUUUACAAACUAUGUGAGGGAUUGAGAACAUUCUUAAAAUUUAGAAUGAUAGUGAGUUAUAUUUGUUUCAUCAAGCUGAUUGCCAUUUUGUAGUGAUUGAAUCACUGAUGCCAUUAUCAUAGUUUAAUCUAGUCAAACAUUUGUAGAAUAUAGACAACAGUGGCUUUUUAAUAGUAUUAUGUGUUUGAGUAUGUGUAUGCAUGUAAUCAGGUAAAAGUAUUAGAAGGUAAGAGUUUCUGUAGGUAAAGUAUCGCACAUCUAUAAUUACUCUCCAGUAAUCAGCUGUUACAUUGACAUUUGGGCUAGAACUACAGAUGUUGAUACUUGCACAGCAAACAUAUAGAAUGGAUCUGAAAAAACAGAUGAUUGGAGGUUAUUAUGGACACGGUUGUUGUCCUGAACUGUGUACAAAGAACACUCGAUCUACUGACAUAACUUCCAUGGCUAAUGAAUAUGGAUAAUUUUCCUGUCAUAUGUUUGGACCAAUCAGAUGACCCGUGAGAAUGGAUGCUUUUCCCGUCAUAUGUUUAGUCCAAUCAAAUGGGCCAUGAAUAUGGAUGAUUUAGACCCAAUCAAAUGAGUCAUGAAUUUGAAUUUAUGAAUUAUUGUAGAGUUAUCUUUGAAGUAAAUAUGUUGUAUAUAAAACUGUCCUUUGUGAGAGAACAGGUGCUUGUUUAACUGCCGUCAGAUCGUUGUUAUUUAGUAUAUUAUGUAUAUAUGUUGUAGUCGCACUAAACCUCAAACUCGAUGGCAUGCUGACUGAUGCUAUGUAUUUUCUGUUAGGUCCAAUAAUUAAGGUGCUGGUGCAACUCUUGGGGGUUCUUCCCUCAAACCAAGAAAUAAACUGAGAUAUUUUAUUUUAA